CCUUGUGAUAUUUAUUCCGUAUUUAUACUAGUAAUAAAUAAACGAGUCUGCAAGCUAAUGUAAGGUAAACGUCACGCGGCAAGGCGCUGCGUAAUGACUGAAGAUUAAAAAAGUAAACAAAGUUACGCGCAGCCGGAACGUCCAAUAACAUUUUAUAUUUGGAACAGAAUUUAAUACUGGAGCAGAAAUAAGCUGUAAGCGAGGGCGUGUGAUUAAAGUGCUUCCUAUUACUCCGUAAUAAAAAUUUGCUCCCGGACAUAUUAUGAUGGUGAAAAAUAAAGAGAAAUCCAAUCAGAACGGCGCGGGUGGGAAGGAGUGGCGCGAGCGGAAUGAGCCUCUGCUCGCUGUGCCUGAGGAUGAAAGAGAGCAUCCCCCACACUCACUGCCGCGGCUGAGCGUCGUUCUGCCUUGUAGCAGCACCUCCAGCGUCGACCACGCACCGAACAAACCACGGAGCCCUCUCUCACACGGCGAUGAAUCAAUGACAGUGGUCUUGUCAGCGUUUUACGCUAAGCUACUGAUAGUUUUAGGUCUUGCACUGCCGGUCACCAGCACUAUACAGAAUGAACUUGUUACAAACGUUACCUCAGAUAUAUUCACCAUGUAUUUGUAUAUUGUUAGUAUGCUCUUUUUGGGUUACACAUUUUACCAUUUGAGCAAAGUGAAGAAAAGCAAAGUUAGUGUGAAACGGACGCGAUACGGAAGUUUUUACCUGCAUAUAGGAGUAGCAGGUUUUAGUGUUGGCUCCAUUAUCUACUCCUGCCUACAGAUCGCCGAGUAUUUCGACCUGUCCGGAGAUUGCCAGAUAAUUAUGAUCGCGUUAAAACCGACUCUGCGAAUCUUAUUUAUGGUGGCACAAAGUGUAUUUAUAUUUUCCUACACAGACAUAUUGGACCCAAUGCGCGGAGUAGUUCUUGAUAGAUUCGGUUUGAUGCAUUUAAUUGCUACAAAUGUUUGCGAGUGGCUUAACGUUAUCAUACAAGAGACAAGGGAUGAUAUUAUUGCUGUUGCAUACAACAGUCCACCUUUCAUAAGAUACACCACCAUCGAUGAACCAACUAAAUCUUCCAUAGCAACUGAUGAGGCAAACUAUUUUGAUCAAGAUUACAAUAGUACAGAUAUGAUUGAAAAUAUAACAAUAUCUACAGAUACUUGGAGUUGUAAUAUAUCUGAUAUAAUAACUCCUUUAAUUAGAUCUGUAAAUCCGUAUCUAAGACCUUGUGGUGUUGAGUACAGCCUUCUUUGCUCAAUCAUAAUAGUUGUGAUUUGGAACGACCUUUGCACCGUACCUGGAUCGAAACCUGGAAACGAUGUCAAUUCAAACGGGGUUUACACAAAAGAGGUGAAGCAAUGCUGCGCGAGAGUAAAGUCCAACAAUCACUUUUCCGUAGACUGCGGCAGCGCUCACAAGGGCUUGUUCAUGGGUAUAGCGGUACUAGCAGGGACCGUUGUGAGCCUCAUGCUCUUCAAUGGACUCUUUCAAAAGGACAAACACGUUGAACUUGCUUUAUUACAGAUCAAUAUAUGGGAGACAGUUCUAUUUGUUAUCAUGACUAUAGGCUCUGGAGCUUGUAUUCAGAGAAUGCGUUUAUUGACAUUACGCAAAAUAUCUACCACGAUGCCUCUGGAGCACGCGUUGCUCCUUGUCACCCAAUGUGGAGUCUACCUUUAUUAUCUCUUUCAAAUUAUAGGAGCCGGCUUCCUUAUUCAAAGAUAUCCUGAAGGCCGACGAGCGACAAGGAUAAUAGCACCACUAUGUGCAGUUAUACAAAGUUCGUGCCAGUCCUUGCUGGUGCUAGAUGCGUGGUCGCGGCGGUGCGCGGGUGCGAGCAGAAGGCCCGGUCGGCAGCUGGUGACAUUCCUAUUGGUCGGCAACUUUGCACUGUGGCUGCUCAACCGUGUAAAAAACGCGAGAGCAGAAUACCAUCCCCUACAAAUGGAAUUUUUCGGAGUAUGGGCAUGGACAUUAAUUACGCAUGUGUCGGUGCCACUUUUAGUUUGCUACAGAUUUCAAGCUACGGUUUGCUUCUACGAAAUUUGGAAGAACUCGUAUAAAACGAAAAACUAUACCAGUAGCCGCGACGAUAAUGAAUUCGAACUGAAAAACCAUGUAGCUUAA